AUGGCUGAAGAGCCACCACGACACAUCUUGUGGAAACUUGUUGCUAACCACCAUUCUCAUCAGCAUGAUGUUACCUUCGAGUCCGCCGAUGCCGGCGCCUCGCUGACCUACCCCAUGCAGUGUUCUGCUCUGCGCAAGAACGGUUUCGUCGUCAUCAAGAACCGCCCCUGCAAGAUUGUCGACAUGUCCACCUCCAAGACUGGAAAGCACGGUCACGCCAAGGUCCACCUCGUCGCUCUCGACAUCUUCACUGGCAAGAAGUACGAAGAUCUCAGUCCCUCCACCCACAACAUGGACGUCCCCAACGUCUCCCGUCGCGAGUACCAGCUUCUCGACAUCUCCGAUGAUGGUUUCCUCUCCCUCAUGAACGAUGAUGGUGACACCAAGGAUGAUGUUCGCAUGCCCGACGGUGAAGUUGGCGACAAGAUCACCAAGCUUUUCAAGACUGAUGAGAAGGACACAAACGUUGUCAUUCUCACCUCCAUGGGUGAGGAGGCUGCCGUUGAAGCCAAGGAGGCCCCCAAGCAGGGUUAA